UGCAAACUCCCGCAACCGCAACCGCAACCGCUGCGGUUGAACCAGUCAGGUCAUAUCAAACUAAAUGUUAAAAAAAAAUCAUAUUCAUAGGAAAAAAAUUAGAAAUCAAAAAGCUUUCAAAGAAAAGAAGAUCAUUCACGAAAACAAUUGAAAAACAUAAUUCAAAUGCCGAUUGAAAAGAUCAUAUUAUUUUCGAUGCAACCCUAACUCAUUAUGUUCGAUUAUAUCUUGUUUCUAAUAUAUUUACCGAGAAUUUUUUUUAUAAAAAAAGUACACGCUAUUGGUUGUAGAGUAUGUCAAUUUUACAAAAUGUCAAACAAUAUUGACACGACGGACAACGCCCAACAAUAUUCUAUAUUCAGAACUAUGAAAUUAUCUAAAAAUUAUCAAAGUAGUCACAAAUAAAUAUAUAGCAAUAACAAAAAGAAUGUUCAAAAUACUGAAAAUAUCUAUUUGUUCUCCAUCCAAAUAUUUAAAUUGAUUUAAUUUUAUGUAAAUUUAAGUAUUUAAUCUUACAUUAUUGAAAUAUUUAUGCUUUAUAUUGUUUUUUUUUUCAGAUUUUGAGGAAAUGAAUCCAAACGGAUUUUUAAAUGUUUAUUCCUAGAAAACACUAUACAACAAAUCUCUUAGUACAAUGUAAAACAAAUAAUCUAAUCAACUAUUUCACUCCACGUAUGACACGAAUCCCUAGUAUCUAAUAUUUCUUAAAAAUAAUAUAUGUUUAUAGUCCAAGAAUAGUUAUAAAUAUAGAGUAGCAACUAUUUGUUUGACUUAGCAUUUAAGUAUAUGUUUCUUAUUAUGAAUUGCAGCAAAACAUUAAGCAAAUUUGUCUUUUUCCUUUGAACUUUCAUUAUUUUAUUUGUUUUGAAUUCAAUGCCAAGUGUCACUUAACUCCAAAAGAAUCCUGUCAGGAUAGAGUGAAAAUUACGUGUAAUAGUCAAAACAUCAAAUAAAACUGUAACAAAACCAACUCAUAAAAUGUUCACUUUCAAUUUAUUUGUAACCGCUACUUAUAACUACUACAAAGCAUAAAAUCUAUGGUUAGAUAAGAUAACUAAAUAUUUGCAUUCAUUGGCUCAAAAUAACCUUUUUACUUAAAUGCCACUUUCAUACGUGUGUAAAACGAGUAGGGUGACCUUAUAUCUACCAGUCAAUUUCACAUUCUUAUCCAUCACAAACCUGUCAUGUCACCUCCAACACUAGCCUAACUACACACUUACCAUGCCCAAGAAAGGGUGAUAUUCUCUAAACUGGUCCUACAAUUUUCAAGAUCACCAUCUGAAUCACUCUUUGUCAUGGCUACAUGGUUUUGGCUUGAAAACUUUGGUUUUGAAGACAUUUUUGCAACCAUCUUUCCUCUUCCAGAUCGAUUCAUUGCAUCUUUUGCUAACGAAGCUGUCUCCUGCUUCCGAUGCAUCGAGUCCUCUGAUCCCCCAAAUGGCUUCGACCAAAUCCCUCUCACUUCACAAUAUUUGCAAAAUCACAUCUCACUUCCCAUGAUAUACAAACAUCGAUACACCGCCAUUGCUGGUAUCAAAACCUUUCUAAACACCAUUUGUUCUAGAAUCUUUUCAGACAUCCUUGCACAAGUUCUUCCAUAUUCUUCACCACCAUAUUUCGUCCCCGGAUUCCACCCAUCUCUGAUCAUACCUGGCUUCCCGCAUCCGUCUUUCGGAAACAUCAAUGUCAUGCGACCUGAUCUAGUUGAUGGGGUUAACACUUUCAACAACAACAACUCGUUCCUCUUCCCAAAGGGUCUUUGGGAGUGGAACGAUCACUCCAUGGAAAGUGAGAAUGAUCGAACCAUGUUUAUAACGUUUUCUCGUGGCUUUCAUGUGUCACAGGCCGAAGUUAAGAAGCUUUUCACCAACAUAUUUGGAGAAAAGUGUGUGGUAGGUGUUUACAUGCGAGAAGACUGGGUAAGUUCACCUAACAUAGUUGCGUGUAACAAUGAUCAGCAACAAUCACUAUUUGCUAAGUUGGUUUUGGAUUCGGUGGUUACGGUGGAUCGUAUACUGGAAGGUGAGAAGCUCCAAAAGUUUCGGAUCAAUGGUAAACACAUUUGGGCUCGUAAAUACAACAAGAAGAAGGACGGACGUACUUGCUUCACCUAAAAAUCGAAAGAAAAUCUAAUUUUCUUUUGUUCAUCUUUAUCUUUAUGUUAUAAUUUAAUAAUAAGAAAACAUAUAUAAUGCCUUACGCUUAGCUCUUUAAUUUUGAACUUUUUCAUUAUGAAUGGAAUAUGUUUUCACAUAAUUUAGCGAUGAAUGUCACUGCAAAUUUACUUUAAAACAAGUGUAACACAACACUAAAUUGUGCAUGAACACAUCCUCUCUUUUUAUCGAGCUUAUGCUGAUUCAGUUUUGAUUAGGUGAUUAGUCAGAAUUUUAUCUAACUUGAAGGAAUAAUUUCCCGAGAACCACAACACUAUCAAAUUAAAAACAUAUUCGAAAAAUACACUAUCGAAUUACUUUUCAAGUUAGUUUUCUUCCAAGCUUUUAAAAAAUAUAAAAUUGUAUAUUUCAUAUAAUAUAUUUUUUUUUUGCCUUUGUAUUUACAUGAAUACAAUUAAACUACAUAAUAAAAUGUCGCGAAACUAAUUAAAAUAUAUGAUAAAAUAUUAACUUGAACAUGAAUUGGCAGAUAACUACUAAAUUCAAAUUUCUUACUCAUAUUUUAUGCAUGCACUAGUUUUUAUCCUUUUAAAAUACAGAUAUUACAAUAUAAAAUAAAAGUUGAAAAAUUAUCGGUUAUAACCGGUAAAUAGAUAUUUGAACUAUUGAAAUAAAAAUAAAUGUAUUAACAGGAAUGGAGUAUAAAAAAUGGAAUCGAUUAAUUCCAUUUAUUCAUGACCAAAUUUCUUAUGGAAUAAUUUUCUUUGUAUUUAUCUAUUUAUUUAUGGAAUUGACGAAAUGACUAUUCAAUUUUAUUCAAAGUAAACGAUAAAAGUAGAAUUAAUAGAAUCGAUCAUUUCAUAUCAUUUUAAUAUAAAAAAUACAAAUAUUUGAACUAGUGGAAUAAAAUAAAUGGAUUAACAGAAAUAUAAUAUAAAAAUAGAAUUGAUGCAUUCCAUUUAUUCAUGAACAAAUUUGUUAUGUACUAGUUUUCUUUGUAUUUAUCUAUGGAAUUGACGAAAUGACUAGUCUAUUUCAUUCAUGGUACACGAUAAAAGUGGAAUUUAUAGAAUCAAUCAUUUUAUAUCAUUUUAAUUUAAAAAAUAUAAAUAUUUGAACUAGUGGAAUAAAAUAAAUGGAUUAACAGAAAUAGAAUAUAAAAAUGGAAUCGAUUCAUUCCAUUUAUUCAUGGACAAAUUUGUUAUGUAAUAGUUUUCUUUGUAUUUAUCUAUUUAUUUAUGGAAUUGAUGAAAUGAAUAUUCUAUUUCAUCCAUGGUAAACGAUAGAAAAAUUUGUGGAAUUAAUUGAAUCAAUCAUUUCAUAUCAUUUUAAUUUAAAAUUAAAUAUUUGAACUAGUGGAAUAAAAUAAAUGGAUUGACAGUAAUAGAAUAUAAAAAUGGAAUCGAUCCAUUUCAUUUACUCAUGAACAAAUUUGUUAUGUAUUAGUUUUCUUUGUAUUUAUCUAUUAAUUUACGGAAUUGAUGAAAUGACUAUAUUUUUAAUGACUAUUUUUUUAAUGACUAUUUUUUUCAUUCAUAGUAAACGAUAGAAAAAAAAUUGUGAAAUUAAUAGAAUCAUUCCAUAUCACUUUAAUUCAAAAAAAUAAAAUUCAGUUGAAGCCAUCAUCUUCCACCAUUUGGUUUAGUAGUAGUAGUGAAAUUAGUAUGGACUGUGCACAACACAAUCCACGGAUAAAAAAAUA